CUUCAGUCUCUUCACUCUGCUUCAGCUGAAAGAGUUCAGAGCCAUUCCCAGGAGCACACUGCAUACACAAUGCUGGGCUGUUUGUUACCUGGUCUCUGGAGAGCUAAGGGGAGAGAGGCCAGCCCCACUGAAUCAUCAGCUUCACCAUGCCUGCCAUUGUGAACCUUCUCUUCAACGUUGUCUCCACCAACACGACCAUCUCAUUCCACGUGGUUCUGCCCACUGUGAGCCUAGUGUCCCUGUUGGCGGGUGUGGGGGGACACCUGUUGCUGUGGCUGGUGCUGUUGAGGAACCAGCGCAGUCGUUCUAAGCCCAGUUCAGUUCUGUUACUGAACCUGAGCCUGGCUGAUCUGGGCGCGCUGCUCACCCUGCCUUGUGUGCUGCUCAGUGCCAGUUUUCAGGACUGGCAGCUAGGGGGUGGUACUUGUGUGCUCCUGGGCUUCAUGACCUCAGUGACUGUUGGGGUGGAGAUCUUCAGUCUGGCUGUGCUGUCCGUGCUGCGCUACAGGAUUGUGGCGCCACUGACCAGUACACCUGCCAGCCUUGUGCAAGUACUGUGUGCUGUGGUUGCCAUUUGGCUGAUCUCCAUCACCAUGGCACUGCCCAAAGUCACCUACAUCAACUUUAAGGGCGGUUGCACGUGGUCAGUUGGUCGAGACGAGUGGCUGUUCUUCCUGGUUCCUGCCUUUCUGGUGUACUACGUGGCUCCUCUACUCUGCAUCACCAUUAACUGUGGGCUCAUCAUCUCCCAGCUCCACCGCUGCCGGGGUCCCAUAGCUUCUCACCGACGCAACAAAAAAGCUACUGCAUUGCUAAUUAGCUCGACACUAGUUUUUGCAGUUAGCUGGUUGCCUUAUUAUUCACUCGAGUUUGUUAAUGUACUAUCACCAUAUAUUAUCUCUGAGGGAUCUCCUGUUAGUUUACCGGGACUUUUCACUACUACUUCUAGCCCGCCAAAAGUCAAAGCAAGAGUUUCUAUACUUUGGGAAGUAGCAUCUCUCACUGCUAUUCUGUUAGUUUGCUUGGCGCCAUGUUGGAAUCCUCCGCUCUAUUUCCUGUUGUCAAGACCAGCUGUACGCCAACUCCAAGCGCUCCUGCCAACCUUUCUUACCAAGCAUUUUAAGAAACCGGUGCAGCACUGGCGUAUAGCUCCAGCUCCUCCCCCACAUGAGCCACGCCCCCUGCCCACGACCCAUUCAAUGCCACAGCAAGCGCUCACACAUCUGACUCAGUAAAGUGCCCACACGGUAAAACACUUUGUAAAAGAGACAUCCGCUCUCCUUUCAAAUAUGACUCACCAAAUCUUGAUCUGCAGUGCCAUGCAAAUGUCUUAGAGAAGUGGGAAGAUGCAGUUUAAUAGGCGUGUUUUCUUGGUUAAAUACAUACUUCAAAAAUCCUUGUUUUAGUGAAGCGUAUGAAGCAGGUUAAUAUUAGCUACCGAACACAAAAUCAUUAUGCUGUUUAUGGAUGCAGGGGUCAUUCUGCGCCACUGUCCUAUCCAGAACAUUGAGGAUAAAUGCCUUGGUGGAGGUCUAUAUUUCCCAGGAGCUCUGUAAGGUUCUGUGCUUUGAUAUACUCUGCUUAUAUUAUAUAUAGAUUUUCAGUUGUUUUUUGCCUAAUCGAAUAAUUGAAUCUUUCUCCAUUUAUUUAAAUGUGGCCUUGUUUGUGUGACUUCUUGUGUCUGAAUUUCAUCUUUGUGUAAACAAAUAACUUGGUUUUCUCUUUUUAAUAGUGGGCUUGCUGGAUGUUUAAUGCAGGGCACAGUUAGUUGUUUGCUGAGAUGGUUCUGUGGUCAUAACUACAUCCUCUGCUCCUGGCAACACAAUAUAACUCUCAUUCACAUACUGUAUAAUAGAGAAUCACAUAAACAAAAUACUCAACAUAGCAAUAAAACUCAAGCCAAUACCUCAGUUACCAUGUAGUUAUAUAACACAAACGUUUACAGGAAAAUGGGAUAUCAAAGUAUAUAUAUUUAUUCAAAAAUCCAGGUCAGUGAACAUAAAAACUCCCAGAUGGGACUAACCCUGUGAUCUGGUUAGCCCUUUUGGAGACAGAGAAGGUCGUGGUGACAGAAAUAACCCAUCAGCGCAAACAUAAAUCAAAGUCUCGAAGGAGCUUUUAAACUGCCCUUCCCCAUCUGCAAUAAAGCAGGCCUGAUUAAGCACCCAAUACUUUACACUGUACUUCCAGACCACCAAUAUACAUCUAACAUUAGCUGUGCAUCUCUGUAACCUCAUUACAAAGCCACAACCAUAUAACAUGGCCACAUUCCAGGAAGGUUCCUGAAGUUUGCUGUGAUGGUGUCAUACGAUCUGUGUAUUCAUUUACCAAAUAAGAGGGCUUGGUUUUAAAUGUGCACUGUGUGGAUUUUCUUGCCUGGCAUCCAGAAUACACACUUCUUCAAUACUUCACGAAGAUGUGUCUGGUGAAUCUCACGCAUGGUCAGUCUGUAUCAAAACAAAUAUUGCUGCACAAGGGAGAAAAAGAUAGGAAAAAAAUAUCACAAGGAAGGACACUGUAAAAUAAAUGAGCAAAGCAUUAAAGUUUGUUCAUCUGUAAUUUUGUUUGUAAAUGAUGUGUGCCCUUUUGUUUCACAUGCAUCAUUGAAACGCCACAUUUUAAUAAAAGUGCUCUCUGUUA